CUGCCGUCUCUCCCUAUGAUGUGGCUGCCUGCAGAUGGCGCAGGUGAUGGUGGAUCAGAGGAGCCACCGCAUGUCCCGGACUUGGCAGGCUUCCACCUGCUGAACCCUACGACGACGCAGCCUGCAGAUGGCGCAGGUAAUGGUGGACCAGAGGAGCCACCGCAUUUCCUGGACGUGGCACUCUUCCACCGACUGAACUCGCUCAUCCACCGUGAGAAUGUGGACGAGGACGAACUUCUGAAUCUUGUGGGGCGGGAUAACCGCGUGAACCUCAUGAAUGACCCGCUGCUCAGCGUCGUCAUCGCCUGCAAGAAGCCCAAGCUCGCCGUCCGCCUAAUCGGCAAAAUAUCAUCAAAUGACAUUCUCGAGGCCUACAACUACAACGGCGACACGGCGCUUCACGUGGCUGCAGCCAUGGACGACAAAGAAGUGGCCUCGGAGCUGAUCCGCAGGGUGCCAGUUCUCGUUCGUGUGCGGAACGGGAAGCAGGAGAUACCGCUACAUAAGGCGGCCCUGUACGGGCAGAAGGACAUGUUCUGGCUGCUGGUGGAAAAGAACAGCUCACCGGAAGCCCGGAGGGAGGACGGCGCCACCAUGCUUCACUGUGCCAUCAUGGGCAAUGCGCCAGUACUCGCCUUGGAGAUUGCAAAGACUUAUCCAAUUCAGAUCGAAUCCCGGAAUGAGCACGCCCUCACUCCGCUGCAGCUGUUGGUGACUAUUCCUGAGGCAUUCCGAAGCCAAGUAGUUCUUGGGGCCCUCGACUCCUUCGUCUACGAAUCAAUAAUUCUCAUCUACGAUGAGGCUUAA